AUGGAUAUUAUCCAGAGGAUGUCACAGAGCUUGCGAGAGCUGAAUAAUUCUGACCUAGAUAACUCAUUAGUUGUCUUAGGUGUCCAAUAUAGUCCAACUGUUGAUGAUUGGGGAAAACAAGAUGAAGACAUGCCAGUUGGUCUGUUACACCAUAUAUUGCCUAAGAAGCAGGCAUGGAAUCCUGAAUUCCUUUUAGACGUGAAGUCUCGGUUACAUUUCACUUAUAGAACGCGCUUCUCUCCAAUUGUAAGGCAUCCUGACGGUCCAUCUCCAUUAAGUAUUGGGGCUCUACUACGGAAUAACCCCUUAAACGUGCUUGAAAAUGUUAUGAAAAACUCAGAUUGCUUUAUUACAGAUAUUGGAUGGGGUUGUAUGAUUAGAACUGGCCAAUCGCUUCUUGCAAAUGCUUUGCAGAGAGUUAAAUUGGGUAGAGACUUCCGGACAACAGCCGCAGAAGAUCCCAAUGAUAAAGAGCUCACAAUAAUAAGAUGGUUUCAGGAUGAUAUAAAAUAUCCUUUUUCAUUGCAUAAGUUUGUCCAGGAGGGGUUUGAACUCUCUGGAAAGAAACCUGGGGAAUGGUUUGGUCCUUCGGCUACUUCAAUGAGUAUACAGUCAUUGGUUAAGAAAUUCCCCGCAUGCGGCAUUAACCAGUGUACUAUUUCAACGUCAUCUGGUGAUGUCUAUUUAGACCAAUUGGAUCCGCUAUUUGAGGCGGAUCGUGAUACUACAUUGUUGCUGCUAUUGUGUGUGCGCUUGGGAGUUAACGACCUGAACGAGUAUUACUGGAACGACAUAAAACAGAUUUUGACUUCCAAACAAUCCGUAGGAAUUGCGGGAGGCAGGCCUUCCUCAUCACUAUAUUUCUUUGGAUACCAAGGUGACUACCUAUUUUACCUGGAUCCGCAUCACGCCCAACCUCAGCUAUGUUCGUAUAAGGAUGAAGCGGACUUGUACAAUAGCGUACACCCACAGAAAUUCAAUAAAAUACAUCUAUCAGCUAUAGACCCUUCUAUGCUUGUUGGAAUAUUGAUUUUAGGUAAAGAGGAUUGGAAAGCAUGGAAAAAGUCAAUUAAGAGUUCUAGGAUCAUUCACCUUUCUGAUAGCCAACCACCAGAUAUUUUGCUCGACAACGACAUAGAAAGGCUAAUUACUGGCGAUAAAGUAGCGAUAAAUGGGCAAAAGGAUCUCAAGAGUGAACUAGAUUCUGGAGACUAUAUUGACGUCGGUAGCUUUCUCCAUUCUGCUGAACCACACAAGCUCAUAGAACCCGAAGACGAGUAUCAAGAAGUUCACUGCAAGAAUCAAAGAAUAGUUGUAAUGUCCGAAACUGCGGAAGCAGGAGGUCCGCAAAUUGAAGUAGAGAAAGUUCUAGUAGAAGAUCAAACAAUCCCCGUUCGCAGUAAAUGA